AGAAGUUGGAGCCGUUAAAGAAUCGUGAACUGGCGGCCUCAUCUUGGGUCUUGUAUUAGUACUUUUCAAAUGAACGUCUUCACCUGAACUGAGCUUUUAGCUACCUGGCGUCAAAGCCUACAGUCCCCAAACAUGGCAGACGGCUUUUUAAACUUGGAGGAGGAGACGUUCCCCAGCUUCCUUGCCAGCUCUCUGAACACCACCAACGGCAGUGCCACCCUGGAGAAUUUGACGCUGGGCUCAGGCCCAGGGCUACCAGUGGCUGCCUCCACAGAGGCUAAAAUUAGAGCUGGGACUGAGAACAGAGGGGAUUCUGUGGAGGCAUCGUAUCUGGACGGUGGGCAGCUUUCACUGGCCAAUUCUCAGUCAUCUAACGGAGAACAGGCCAAGCUUGCUCUCAGCUUUAAAGAUAUGGACAAGGCAGAAGAUUUCAUUGCAGCUCAUCAUUUCUCAGACAUGUUGGUGAAGAUUCAACUGGAUGACACCGAAUCCAGAAUCCAAAGCUCCAGGUUAUGCCUUCCUGUCACAAAUUCUGGCUCCCUCAAUGGGCGACAAACAGAACUUGGAACUGAUCUCUCAACGGGGCUGCUGACCUUUGCCCAGUGUGCACAAAUAGAGCGUAUGGAUGCAAAGGUCCUACCCAUCCAAGCUGAGAACAUUUCGGAUAAUGAGGAAGCUGAGAGUGACCGUUUCAGUGGCAGUGUCUCAAGCUUCCUGGCCAAUGAGAAAUUGAUGUCUUUGGACAGCAUGGGCAGUGACAUCACAGAUGAUGACAUUGAUGUGAACAAUCUGCCUGAUGAUGAACUGGAUCUGUACUUCAAUAAGCUGGUCCCUCCUGCCAUGCAGAGAGGAAGAGUGGAGGGCCAGGAGAUUCCUGCAGCAGGCCUUCAGGGAGCUCCUGACAGCCCAUCAAACGCAUGUUCUACAGAGCCAGAGAAGAACCGAUACCAGUUCCUGGAUGUUGAAGAUCAGGAGGACUUUCAGAUGCCUGAUGUGCGGCUGGCAGCUACAGGCAUGGACUCUUGCCCUGCCAGUGAUGAGGACACAGAAGAUGAGUUGGAGGCCACAAGGAGGACCAGCAAUAGAGCAAGGCUGUUGCUGCCCAGUACCUCUAGACAGCUGGUUGGAGAAAGUAAUCGUCCAAGUUUCAGACCAGGACUGGAUGGAGGCAGUUCUGAUGAUGAGCCCUUUAGUGGACGCAGGGGUCCAUCUGUGUCUGGGAUAGAACACAGGCGAUCUGCGGAGGGCCAAGUCAUCAACUCUCCUGUCACAGGGGAUGGAGGAGGUGGAGAUGGUAGCAGUGGGAGUGAGGAGAGUGGAAAUGAUGGAGGAGUGUCGACCAUCCCUCUUCCUCAAGCUGGUGUCCAGACCACCUACGAUGUGCUGCGGGGUCUUGGGAUUGUGGGAAGCAGUGGCAUCGAAGAAGAUGGGGGCAGAGAGCUGAAUAAUCUGCCAAGCCUCGGAAGAAAUUGCCUUUCCAGGCACACUGAGAUGGGAGACCGUGUGGGUCCAGUCGGAACAGGAGAGGCCAGCUCCUCUCCAGGGACUUCAGCAGUACGUCAGAACUCUUCCCCCGUCAACUGGAGUAUGACCUUGGAUCGACAGGAGGCACUGGAUGCCAUGGACAACAUUUUGGGGAUCACUGCUGAGGGAGUGUUAGAUUCUGUCUAUUUGAGGAAUGGUGCUGGAAACCGAAUACCUCAGGACACAGGCAGCACCAACACAACACACGUCCAGAGCACUCAGAGCACCUUCCAGCUAUCCCAGAUGCUGCUUCUAGACUGUAAUGAGAACAAUGAUUAUGGCGUGGAUGAAGCUGAUGAUGUCAGGCCUUCUCUGGGAUUAAGAGGAGGGCCCUGUGGUGAUGCUGCAGUGGCUGAGCCAUCAGACAGCCAGAGUGAGGAUGAGAACAACCUUCUCUCUACCUCACUGGAGCCCAAAUAUUUCUCCCAGAGCUUCCACCAGGAUCAGGUAGACUCUGACGAUGGGUGGAAUUACUGCCCAGACAACUUAGAGCUGGAGUUUGGACAAGGUGUCAAUGGCUGUCAUAGUGUGGUGUACCAGGAUGAAGAGGGAAAGUGGGUGACAGACUUGGCCUACUACUCUUCCUUUGAGAAAGAAGUGGAUGGAAACAUACCAGAACGUGUUAGCCAGUUUGAGACUGAGGACUUUUUUCCUGCCUGUAAUGCUAUCGAAAAGAUCAUGGCAGAUCAAGAAGAGUUUGAGAAGGAGCACCAAUUUAUGCAGGAGGAGCAGAUAGUACCGGCCAGUGGUAGUCUCACUCUUGGCGACACCUCCUGGAAGCUCCCCACCAGCAGCCACAUCUUGACGAAGGCCUCUCAAGUCUCCUCAGAGUUUGAACAGGCUAAUCAGACCUACCUGCGACUCUCCUUGGGGGAGUUCUUUGAACAGCGCUCUGAAGCCCUAGGCUGUCUUGGGAGCAAUGAUAGAGACAUGGUUAAACGGCCCUCCUUUGGCUACAUCAUCACCUCUCCAGAGAAGAGAGAACCUUUUCCUCUGAUCCGUCCUUCAGACUUCGCAUCCAGAGAAGAUUCUCUUCAAAAUGAGACAAUGGAGCUCAAAAGAGCUGAUGAAACCCUCCGUGCAGAGGACCUGGACACAACUUGUGUUGUGUCAGGUGUCAGGAUGUCACCUAAGGGUGAUACUGAUCCCAACAUUUGUGAGAAGAAGGAUGGGACUCUCCCUGUUGUACCCUCUGAUGACACUGAGGGUGCAGGCUCUGUUUUGGGUCCAGCUAACCAGACCUGUAACUCCCCCAGUAAUGGCACUGGACUAAUGUUAAGUAUUAGUACUAUUGCCUCAGCCAUUGCUGAUGCGUCCAUCAGUUCUGACCCGUCUCAACUGGCUGCUAUGAUCAUGGAGGUGUCCAAGAGGAGUAGGGCCAAGAAUCAUGCUGGGCCUGCUGGACCUGUUGAAAGUACUGGCAACACCAUAGAGAAAAAUGCUUCAGUAAAACACACCAGCAAUGAUAUGGACCAGAUUUCCCUGAUGGACACAAUACAGAGAAGCACCUGCAAUGGAGAACUGAGUACCUUUGACAUAGAGAAAUACCUGAGGAAGGCGGAUUUGUCUGUCUGCAGUGAUGCCUCUGUCGCACACACCACCCUUGACCUGACUAGCUGGGCUGACCACCUCAGCAACUCUCACAGGCACUCUCAGGAUAGAUUACCUGUCGAGGACGAGGGGUGCUCUGCUCAGCAAGCAGAAGAUAGUUUACAGUCUCCAAGUGGGAAAUUGGACACAAGGAGAGAGACUACAGUUAAAACUUGUACAAGCAUAACACAACAGUCUAGUACAAAGUCGCUGCUCUCAGGUAAUAAGGACGAUUUAAGAAGAAGCUCUAUUCCUCGUCCCAAGGCAAGUUCUGUACCAACAACCACACCCACCUCAGCUCGAAGGUCUGCAGGCUCAGUGCAGUCUCCCACAGCCAAACCUGCAGAUGACAAAGUUGCCACCACAACAAACUCCCUCCCUGGAGAUGGCAAGGCCCCCUCUGCUUCUAAGACAAACUCAAAGGCUUAUGCUUCUUUGAGCAGGACCUCCACAGAAAGCCAAGCCAAACUAGAAACUGUGCUUCCACAUAUAUCCAACAACCCUCAGUCUUAUUUGCAAAAGCUUGAGAGUAACGCUGUUGCCUCACUUGGGGGGCCAAAAACCUCACCAGGUCAGAGGAGAGGGCGGUCAGGCCUACCUUGCCUCAAAAGCUCAUCUCCUCCCACACAAAAGCAGAAGAGUACAGAACAGCAGCAUCACGACAGACCCAGCAAUGCUCCAGAGAAAGCAUCAGCACCCAGGAGCCCUAUAACUGCUCCACCAUCCCACUGCUCUGGGGAGACUAACAUUGGCAUUUUCUGCCAAAGCCCCCAACCAACUAUACACCGCACAUUUGAUGUAUUCAAAGGUUCCUCUGAACCUUCUGGGAUUGACGUGGAGGAGACUCAAUGUAGCUUCAGACCAUCCACCUCUCCUCUCACCCACUCCUCUCCUAGUCAGACCUCCAUCCCCAGUACUGAUGGUACAGUGUCCUCUCCCUCCGGUGAAGGUGUGGCAGGUAGACGUCAAGACUGUGAACUCCCUCCUUCGUCCAUCUGCUCUAGCCCUAGUCUUAGCAGGCUAACAUACAUCUCACUAAAUGACAGCACUGUCAUACCCACACCUGAAAGACAAAAGAAUAACUGCACCAUGGCACUCAGCACCACCAUAAUCAGGGCUAGUCCAACCCCACCAGUGGAGCCAGAUGCUCAAUCUAAUUUGGACAAUCUUUGUCCAUCCAAAAUUCUUGAACAGGAGCAAUCCCACCAGUCCAAAAGUCCUGAUCCACUACCACCACACCGGUGUAAAAGUCCAGAGCCCCCACGUAGCUGUUCUGUUCUCAGCUGCACUCGCAGCCAGAGUGAAUGUAACUACCAUUGUAGUGGGAAGGGACCCGGUGAGCAACCAGCAGGCUGUGGGCAUCACAUGCACAACUCUGAGUCCAAUGUGCGGCAGCUUACUAAAGUUGACUCUGGCUACUCCAGUAAUCUAAACAUCCAGCAGCCUUGCAACACCAUAGCCAGUCAGAGUACCCAACAAUGGGGAGCAGCUGGCUCCAUCUCUACUCAAGCAUACACUGGGGGGGGUCUUGUCAAGCCUCCCUCUUACUCUUCAGAAGACCUGCGCUAUUUGCCGAUCUCCAGCUUUAAGCCCCAGGGAGCUAGUCAAGUGGACAUACUGCAUAACGGUGGUGGGCAGUCCCUCCUUGCUGGCCAUGGUCUCUUCACUGCCCAGGUCACUCAGCAGUACUUAGGAUCUGAAGCUCCAUUACAUCCUGCAGCCUACCACAUAGGAGCAACAGGAAAUGGUCUUUACGGCAUAUCCAGUUGUGAAUUACCGGGAAGGCACCUUCCCACUACAUCGGUUCCCUUCAGUUUGACUGGGCCUGCAGCAUACUACCAGCUCCAGAGACCCCAAAAGAACCAACUGGAUCUGGGCGCGAUGGGGAAACCCUACAUUCAGCAUGGCGGAGAAUCAUGGGUGGUUGGUGCUCUCGAUGAACUUAGAGACCAAGUGGUAGUGCCAGAGGAGCUGCGGUUCCCUCAUGCGUGUUGUGUGGGUAUUGCUUCCCAGACCUCCCUCAGCCUCUUUAACCCCUCGGAGAGGUGGCAGCAGGUGUCCAUCACUGUCACCGGCCUCACCAUCGAUGGAGAGAAGGUUGACAGCUUGCCUCAUCAGUGGCUGAUAGUAAAGAACAAGACUAUCAUUGGCCCAAAGAGUACCGAGGAGCAGAAGGUUUUGUUCAUCCCUCCCCGACCAGGCGUCUAUCAGUGUGUCCUCAGUGUUUCCUCCUGGCCUGCAUCAGCUGAGGCAGAGGUGGCUGCCAGGGCUGAAGUCUUUGCCAAAAGGGUCAUGCUUGUGGCUGUUGCUGAGAACCCUGCACUUGAGGUUGAUGUUGGCAAAUCUGGCUGUUUGGACUUUGGAGACCUGACAGGCGGUAGUACCAAGUCCCUUCCUCUCAGAAUCCUAAACAGGACUCACGCCACAGUACCCAUCCGCCUGGUCAUCAGUGCGAAUGCUAUGGCCUGGCGAUGUUUCACUUUCUCAAAGAACCCAGUCGCCAUGACAGCUGAGGGGCCGCUCCAGGCAGGUCACAUGACCCAGUCGUCUUCUCCAUCAGUGAUUAAUCAUGUGUUGCAUGCCAGCUAUGAUGAGAACCCAGAAAGCUUCAUGGUUUGGUUUCACUUCAGAGCCCCUCAGAAGUACAACACCUCUUCAGGAAAUCUAGGUCCAGCGGAUGAGUACAGUGCUCGGGUGGACAUUGAAUUGGACUGUCCUGGUCCAAGUCAUGUCAUUAGGAGCAUUCCCCUCAGGGCCAGGUCUGGAACAGCAAGGGUCCAUGCGCCUAAGGACCUACAGACUGUCAGCCUUUCCGCUGCAUUGGGUAAAUCUAGUCAACAGACACUGCCUUUAAAGAAUGCAGGCAACGUUGACGUGCAGCUGAAACUCAAGAUCAGUGAUCUUGAAGACUGCUUCUCAGUGAAGCCUGAUGAACUGUCUCUGAGAGCAGGAGAGGAGCAGGGGAUUGUGGUCUCCUUCACUGCACAGGGCAGCAAGAAAUGCAGAGCGGGCCUCCUCACUAUCUUGGUGCUGCCAUCAGGCCCUCAGUAUGAGGUGGCCCUGAAAGGACAGGUGAUCCCAGAGUACUGUGACAAGCCUGCCACCACUGCCACUACUUUGCACCCUGGGGUGGCAAGUGAUGUACCCCCUAUCCUCUCAAACAAACAGUUUGUGGCCUGGGGAGGGGUCACCCUUGGAAGAGCUGUACAAAAGAAGCUGGUUUUAAGGAACAACUCCUCCAAUAUGUCCCAGCAACUCCGACUGCUGAUCCGUGGUCAAGACCAAGAUUGUUUUCAGCUCCAGAGUAUGUUCAGUCCAGAAGAGCGUUUGACAAGACACGGGGAGCUGUCAAUUCGUCCUAAAGAGGACAUGACGGUACACUUGCUCUUUGCACCCACCAGGGUUGCCUGUAUGCUGGCCAAGCUGGAGAUCAAACAAUCUGGAGUAAGGCCCUCACAGCCAGGGGUCAAGUUUACAAUUCCUCUUUCAGGCUAUGGUGGCACCAGCAACAUCAUCCUGGAGGAUCUGAGGAAACGGGCAGAUGGCUAUGUUGCCACGCUAACGGGCAUUGCUGUUGGCCAAGUCAGCAAGGUGUGUCUGUGUGUGAGGAACACAGGCUCCAGAGCAGCCUUCAUCAAAGCUGAGGCUUACUCUGACAUGCAGACGCGCUCCAUCAUGGACCCCUCUGUCAUCAGCCUCUCCCCAUCACAGUUUGUCCUGAAGGCGAGGACACAAGAGGUGAUCACAGUAAUGAUCAAGUCCACCCAAAGAGAGGUUUCCCUUUGUCAAUCAGCAAAUGCACUGCUGGUUACCCUCUGUCUUUUCUGUGGCGAUGAAGUAUCCAGGCAGCAGUACCGGAGGUUGUUGCAGAGUAAGCCGGAGGCUGGAAAGAAGGUUCUUUCUGAGAAUAGCUUGCUGAAAAAUAUUGAAUUCAACACAAAGUUCCUAGGAGAGGAACAGGUUACAGAGACCUAUGACUUGCCGCAGAGACCCAACGAAGCCCAAAUCUUCUAUGGGAAUAUGAGUAAGGUAGUCCUAUCUCUGAUGGGCAGCACAGAGAGUUCAGAUACUGGGGAGAGUGACCACACUGAGCCUGUGGAAGCAUCUGCUAAGCAAGCCCUGGAAACAGUAAGUGGUUUUCUAAACGGUAAUGUGUCCCUGGAUGUGCUGCCUGUGAGAGGACCCCAGGGGUUGGCUCUAAGAGUGGCAGAACCAUCCCAUAAGGCUGCAGAGUCAUCAGAGAGGCAGCAGGACUGCUGGUCCAUUCAUCCGGAACAUCUUGUCCUCACUGUUCCCACCAUCAAUGGUGCAGCCACUACCAGGCAGGUUCAGAUCCGGAACAACACAUCUAGACAGCUGAGUUUUGAGUUGUCCUGGCCUGCUCACUGCCUCACCAUCACCCCUCAGCAUGGAGUCAUAGAGCCGCAGUGCCACCUGCAGGUUCUGAUCAGUCCUAACCCCUCGCUAGCAACCAAGUCUGCGCUGCUGCCGUGGAGUGGACAGAUUUAUGUCCAGUGUGAUGGACAUCAGAAGUCCAUCAAGGUUCAGAUUCGUCGGGAUUUGGCUCUGGAUGUUUCAGCAGCCCCUGCAGAUAGGACCCUAUCAGCCUUGACUCCACAGGCUGCCACCCCUCUCCCGCCCUUGGUUAGGUCCUGCAGCCAGACCGGUCAGCCCCCUCUGACCCCACACCCCAAGGCCCUGGUGGAGAUCAGCCACAAGACGAUUGUCUUCCCUGCUACUCCCUCAAGAGAAAUCUCAGAGGCCUACCUGGAGGUGGAAAAUGGAGAAGAGGAAGUCAGGUGGUACUUAUCAUCCUUCGCCCCUCCAUAUGUCAAGGGAGUUGACAACAGCGGAGAUGUUUACCGAGCCACCUACACUGCCUUCAGAUGCUCCAGAGUCUCUGGCACACUGGGAGCCCAGGAAAAGAUACAGGUGCCUAUUACCUUCUUGCCAAGAGACCGUGGCGACUAUGCCCAGUUCUGGGACUUGGAAUGCCACCCGAUAUCUGAGCCCCAGCUGAAGACCAGUAUCCGCUUCCAGCUCUGUGGCAUGGGUGUUAAGUCAGGGCCGGUUGAAGGACCACAAGAAGGAGAUUGCUCUCUGGUGAAAACUGACGCUACAGUCAAAACAAGAAAGAAAACAGAUGAAGCUGCCAAGACAGGCCCGGAGCAAGGUAUACGCCGGGGUGUGUAUUCUCCCCAGGACCUGUACACUUUCCCAGCUACACGGGUGGGUGAGUCCAGUACGCUGAAGGUCAACAUUCGCAACAAUUCCUCCGACAAACAUGAGCUGAAAUUUGUAAACCCUAGGGAGCCCUUCCACAUCAAGCAUUCUGAAUAUUCCUUAAGAUCACAGCAUUAUCUCAAGCUUCCCGUACAGUUCAAGCCAAGCGUGCCAGGCAGACACACUGGAUUGCUGCUGAUCCAGUCAGAAACAAGUGGCAGUCUGGUUAUUCAGCUAACUGGUGAGGCCCUGCCUUGAAGUCACCAUCUACCAUCCCACUCCAUUUUUCCUACUUCUGGCUGGCUUUGGAUCUUUGGAUUGUUGCCCUCUCCUGUACUAUUCAUCACAGAAUAGACAGAGUGACAGAGGAAGAGGAAAAAAGGAAAACACUGCUAAGUCACAUGAAGAAAAGAUUCCUGGACUCCAGCCUUCCUACUCAUCCUAUUCACAGACAUUCACACAAUGUAGACCAGAGCUGAUUAGCUGGGGCUGACUGAGACUCUGUGUACUGCCAGUGCCUGACCUAGCCCUGUCUGCCUUCCUCAAUCCACAUUGGCUAAAGCACAGGUGUCCUCAACUGGCCCAUGAACAAUGAUUGUGCCUGUUUGUGCCUCAAGCUGAAUGAUUUGGUCUGACUGGCUCACAAUUAGUCUGCACUGCUCUGGCAUUUCAAAGAGCUAAUGAUUUUUGUCACUUGACUCUGGAUCUGGCAUUUGCCUUAGCCCUGAGUCAUGUCACAAGGCAGCAUUGUUGUUGCUAUGGUCCCUGUUAGGCAGCAGCAAUAACAGCACCAGUUGUGAUACAUUGGGGAUUACUUUGAUUUAGUCUCACAGGAAUGCUUUUGUCUUCUAUUUGAUAUCACAACUGCAGGGACUUGGGUCAUUUGGAAAAGACUCAUUGUUGCGUCUUUCCCUUGUUAUAUGAAUUUUUUAAGCAAAUCUGGGUCCUUCCAAUAAAUGGUUAAUUUGCUGCACUAAUGAUUUUUACACACAUACAAGAGGUGUAAGGAAUUGGGUGACAAGCAAUAUUUUUUUCCCAUGUGUUGAUAUUUUUUCAGCAUCAAACCUUGUACUUUUUAAUUGCUCCAUCUUUGCGUGCAGUUUCUUGUUGCUUUUCUUUGCUGUCGUGCCAGUAUCUACCUGCAUGAACAGUAGUCAGUGUCAUUCAUUGACUUCUUGUCAGCCUCCCAAAACCUCUAACAACUGGUCCAGAUGCACCUUAUUGAGUCGUGAUCAGAACGUCUCCUAGCAACAUUAGGAUGGCUAAUGAUUGUUAUCACAUGUUAAAACAGUUCGCCUCACCGAGGUAUUUUUUCGGCAGCUCACCAGGCCAUUUCGGUUUGGUUACCAUGGCAAAAUGGUGCUGAUGGAUGAUCACUGUUCGUGUCAGAGAGAACUGGAUCACCAUUACCUCCUCUGGCUCUGGGAAAAAAUGGCCAAAUUUGCUUGGGGAAAUUCGAUUCACAUCCAUAAUUUGUUUGGGAGCAGGAACUGGUGUAGCAAAAACCAAAUAUUUUCAAGGAUGUGUUAUUGCACUGCUGUGUCAAAACACAUUUUGUGGACACUUUCAUCACGACUUGUAUGUUACUUUUCUGUUUGUAAAACACAUUCAGUUUGAAGGCAGUGGUUUGUCUUGAUGUCUUGAACGUAAUGUCCUUUUAACAACAGUUCGUUUCAUGACUUAUCUCUCGUCUUGGGAUUUGCACAUGCUGUAAAUGUCAUUGUGAUAUAUCACCAUGUAUAUUUUAAAUACAAUAAAUUUAUA